AUGACCUUCAUUCCGCUGGCUAUCUGGCUGGAUGCGCCGGACAUUACGGUGGGGUUACAGGGCAUGGCUACUUCGGCGACAGCGACGCCGGCCACGGCGGGUGGGAAGGAUGAUGUUGAGGCGACUGCCGGGGCGAUUUACUUAUGUGUCUGCCUUACGGGCACAUCAGGGAUUGACCAAUCAGUAAACAGCAUCACCCCCUCCCCUCCCCCCUCGACCACCACUUCAACCCAACCCCUCCAAAACAACAACAUCCAUCAUCCUCCCCAAACCAAUCGUCAUCCCGCGUACGCUUCCCCCCCUCCCCCAUCCCCUUCACCACCACCCACUAACAACCCCCCAGAAACCUCAACCACAAUUCACGGCCCCUCCUACCGCCCCUUCCACCUCGCCCACUCCCCUACCCUCUCCCCCCUCCUUCCAACCCCGACAUUCCUCACCUUCCUCAACCACCUAAACCACGUCUGGCUGGCAAACCCCUACCUCCAAGCCCUCAGCGCCACCUCCAACAUCCUCGGCUUCAUUCCCUCGCUCGAGGCACAGCUCGCGGCACUAGGGAUGCAAGUUGCUGCCGAACUGGGGACGAUUACUGUCUCGAAGCUCCGGACGAAGAUGUUUCUGAGGGAAGCGAAUGAGACGGUGUUUGGGCCUGUGGGGUUGAGGGUGAGGGUUUUGGGGACGGAGGGGUUACUUCGUGUUUUGGGGGUGGAGGGGGAUAGGUUGGGGUUAGGAGAGGUGUUUGAUUAUGAUUUUGAGCAGGGAAGUAGUAAGAGUGAGGGUGGGGGCGGGUUUGAUCCGGUGAGGAGAAGGAUGGAUGCGCUUAGGGAGUAUGUGGCGCCGGUGGUGUUUGUGGAUGAUAUGGCAGUAGGGAAUGGGGGAGGGGGAGAUUGGGUGCGGAAGGUGGCAUGGAAACAAGAGGAGUGGUUUACGCAAAGGCAGAAUCGGGUGCUUGUGCGCAGACAUAGACGUGCUGUUCGGGGUAUUGGGGAGGCGGAGGUUGCGGAGAAGGAGUUGCUUGUGAAGAUGGAGGAGGUGGAAGCGGAGAUGAUGGCAGUUAAGGGGAGAGCUGUGGAGAGGUUGUCUGGCCCGUUGGGAGAGUCACUCCUGGGACGGGGGAUUGUGCAGGAUGAUCUGGAGAAGGGGUUGAAGCAGCUGCAACGCAAGAUGGAGAAGUUGGGUAGGGAGCGCGAGAAGGGAGUGACGAAGCGGUUGCAGCAGAGUGAGCGGACCUUUCAGCGGGUAAGGAAGAGAGAGGCGAAGAUUGCGCAAAAAGUCAUCGCUACAGCACGUAGCGGAAGAACGGGUUCUGCUUGUCCGUCAGAUCUUGGAACGCCAGCUUGUCGCGCUGGCUCUCGUCCAGAUCCAUGGCAUCGCGACGCCGGUUCUCCCGCCACAAGAGAACAUCACCAUGCCCUCCCACAGCUCCGGGUAGUGCUGGUCGACGGUCUUGCUGUUCACCAGCUGCGGCCCGAUGAUGUUACCCACAGUGUAGGCGACAAACACGGUGGCCGCCAUGACGGUUUUCUUGGUCGCACCGGCUACGUUGCUGGCACCGAGGGUGAUGAUAAGGCUGACAACAGGUCCGAAGAAGCCGGUGAUGGCGUAUCCGGCAACUGGAACUGCCGGGUGGUAUCCCCAGUCGGACUUCCAGAUCAUCACGCAGCCGGCGAUGACGGGGAGACAGCAGGCGAUGAGCAUGGGAAUGCGCGUGUUAGGAACGCGCAUGCCGAUGUAACCGCAGAGGGGGAUGAAGAUGACGCAGACCCCACCCACUGGGAAUUGGAACAGAAUGGAGUCGAGGGUGUUGUAGCCAAAGGUUGA